UGGGAAUUCAUCAAAAUACUACCGAGAGACAGCCGGACUUCGGUCACAAGGAACAGCCAUCUCCACAGACAGACCGACAGCGGAUGACGAAUCAGACCGAAAUCACGACCGCUAACCAGGCUUCAAGCAACAGGAGCAGUGAUCCUUCAGAUGAAACGAACAAAGAAAACGCAGAAGACCCAUCAGAAAUAGUGCAUGAAAACUAUGGAUAUUCGGUCAACUAUACUGUCAUCAUAUCUGUCACGCUGGCAUUGACUGGUGCGACGUUUGUUGUCGUAAUAAUUUUGAUUUGCAACCGGAAGCGUGUUUUCGGGCAUCGGUUCUGGGUGUCCAUGGGUCAAGUGACAAAAAGGUAUACAAGAGAACCAAUUGUCACUUAUCAGCGAUUUGAAUGAACAGUGUCUAGACUGUGUACACUGCGAUUCAUUUAUACCUUGGGGUGCAAUUUCCAGUUCGGUUUUUCAGAACAAUACAAAUGUGUUCACAAGCCUGCCAACGCGGACUUACCAAAGUUUUUAUCUACCAGGAUUGCCAAAAGUUGGGCACCCCUAUUACUGACUGUACACUAGCGAAUGUAAACUUCGGUUUUUCAAGCAAAAUAAUAUUCCGAUUUGAC